AUGGCCGACGCCGACCUCUACGCCGUCCUGGGGCUCAAGAGGGAGUGCUCUGACGCCGACCUCCGGCUCGCCUACCGGAGGCUCGCCAUGACCGUUCUCUUCGAUCUUGUUGUGGCAGACAUGGCAUCCGGACCGGUGCUCGGCGUCCGGCAGCUCGGCGCGCGUCCAGGGGUGCAACAAGCGGUGUUCAUCGGCGAUGGGCUCCGGAACGCCGCCAAGGGCCAGUCGUCCGGGGUCCGGCCCCGGCCGUUCAGGGUCAAGCUCCAAGGGAAGUGA